AUGGAGAUUAUUGACAAGGAAUUCGAGCUCAUGAAAAGGCUUUCGGAGAACAAAUUAAACAAUGACAUCAGUAUUUACCUUGAUGAAACACACAGCAAGAUCCAAUUAAGGGGCAUAUAUAACCCCAGAGGCCCGUAUAAGAGGUCCCUCGCUCAUUUCGCUGCGAUGGGAGAUUGCGUCACGCUUCUUGAAAGGCUGCUGGACCUCGGUACUCCGGUUGAUGAUCUUGACCAGAACAAGCGCACACCACUCUCUUGGGCCGCAGAGUAUGGCUCUCUUAGAGCCGCCAAAGCUUUGCUGAAGAAAAGAGCUAAGAUCAACUCUCUCGAUGACAUGUACAGGUCACCCCUUACCUGGUUGGAAUAUGCCGGCAGCACUGAAUGCAAGGAUCUAGAAGCUACCAGGUCAUACCUCAAAGAGAAUGGGGCAACCAUGAGGGGUGCAAAACGCGCAUGGAUAUUUAAGAAAUUGCGAAUACUCUGA